AUGGGUAAGAUCAAGCGCGUCUCGUGCAUUGCCACGCCUAUGCUGCUCACAGUCGUGUCCUUGGUUUGCUUCCUCGUCGUCGCGUUGGCGCAGAUUUCUCCUAGCGGCCACAGCACACCGCUCGAGCGAGAUCUCUACUUCUUCAAGGCAGACACAAGCCGCAUAAUGCUAAGUCCCCAGAGCUUGCUGGAUAGCCUUCCCGAUAGCGUCUUUGGCAUCGAGGUUCCUGACGCCCUCCAGAGCGUAGCGAAGUCCGGGCAUCUCAAAGACUUCUACGUAGUGGGCCUCUUCAGCUACUGCGAAGGUGAGACCGAUACGGAAACAGGAAGAGAGACGGUGACGCACUGCAGCGCCUGGAAGUUGCCAUUCUACUUCGACCCUGUGGCUGUCUGGCAGCUGGAGAAUACAAGCGUGCAGGAGAUCCUGGGUGAGCCAUUUGCCAAGGGCAUGAAGAUGUACCGAAAAACGGUCGAAUGGACGCAUUACGCCUUCGUAGUCGUGUUGGCGCUGACUGUGUUAGAAUGCGUAGCGGGGUUACUUGCCAUCCGUAGCAGAGGGUAUAGUUUGUGCGCGACCAUUGUUUCCUUGGCGCAUACUAUGCUUGCCAUUGCGGCAGCAGCAGUCGCGACCAUCACCUAUGUUACGCUGACGGGUGUCUUCGAGUCGGUCUUGCGCCCAUACAACAUUGAGGCAUCUCUGGGUGUGCGCUUGUUCUCCAUUCUCUGGCUUGCUGUCGCCUGCUCCAUCGCAUCGAGCUUCUUCUGGCCCUUGAGUGCUUGCUUUUGCUCUGGCAAAUAG